AUGAAUAGUUAUACGAAGAGAUCGUUUUUGAUCCGGGACAUCCUAGCAGACGUAGCUUCUACGCCACCUGACUCUUUGACAGAGAAAUCUUUCGUUAUUCACCGACAAGCCAACCUCCGACCCGUACCCACACCCAUCCCACAGCCAACCUCCGACCCGUACCCACACCCAUCCCACAGCCAACCUCCGACCCGUACCCACACCCAUCCCACAGCCAACCUCCGACCCGUACCCAGACCCAUCCCACAGCCAACCUCCGACCCGUACCCACACCCAUCCCGCAGCCAACCUACGACCCGUACCCAAACCCAUCCCACAGCCAACCUCCGACCCGUACCCACACCCAUCCCACAGCCAACAUCCCACAGCCAACCUCCGACCCGUACCCACACCCAUCCCACAGCCAACCUCCGACCCGUACCCACACCCAUCCCACAGCCAACCUCUGACCCGUACCCAAACCCAUCCCACAGCCAACCUCCGACCCGUACCCAAACCCAUCCCACAGCCAACCUCCGACCCGUACCCACACCCAUCCCACAGCCAACCUCUGACCCGUACCCAAACCCAUCCCACAGCCAACCUCCGACCCGUACCCAAACCCAUCCCACAGCCAACCUCCGACCCGUACCCACACCCAUCCCACAGACAACCUCCGACCCGUACCAAGAACCAUCCCACAGCCAACCUCCGACCCGUACCCACACCCAUACCACAGCCAACCUCCGACCCGUACCAAGAACCAUCCCACAGCCAACCUCCGACCCGUACCCACACCCAUACCCCAGCCAACCUCCGACCCGUACCAAGAACCAUCCCACAGCCAACAUCCGACCCGUACCCAAACCCAUCCCACAGCCAACCUCCGACCCGUACCCACACCCAUCCCACAGACAACCUCCGACCCGUACCCACACCCACCCCACAGCCAACCUCCGACCCGUACCCACACCCAUCCCACAGCCAACCUCCGACCCGUACCCACACCCAUCCCACAGACAACCUCCGACCCGUACCCACACCCAUCCCACAGACAACCUCCGACCCGUAACCACACCCAUCCCACAGCCAACCUCCGACCCGUACCCACACCCAUCCCACAGACAACCUCCGACCCGUACCCAGACCCAUCCCACAGCCAACCUCCGACCCGUACCCACACCCACCCCACAGCCAACCUUCGACCCGUACCCACACCCACCCCACAGCCAACCUCCGACCCGUACCCACACCCAUCCCACAGACAACCUCCGACCCGUACCCAGACCCAUCCCACAGCCAACCUCCGACCCGUACCCACACCCACCCCACAGCCAACCUUCGACCCGUACCCACACCCACCCCACAGCCAACCGCCGACCCGUACCCACACCCAUCCCACAGCCAACCUCCGGUAUUUUGGCGGGGAGUGAGUUAACCGACAGUAUUUUGGCGGUGAGUAAGUGA